UCCUCCUUCCUGAACUGUGCAAAUUGUAUGGGAUUCUUCAGCAUGGCCGCUGUGCCCACGAUUUCCGAAGUCCGACUAAUACUUAAAUAUUAAACUUGAAUACAGUUAACAGCUAGAAACAGACUUAAUAUGAUUUGCAUUAGCACUGAUCGCUCCUCUAGUUUUUUUCUUAUGAGUCGCGUAUGGAUUUACCUGGUUUCUGCGCUAUGCGCGCUUCUCUCGCCUGGUAUUUAUCAGGCGGAGGGAAUGGAGGUGUUUACAUCCUCAGAGUUGGAGGCAAUCAAUGGAACAAAUGUACUGCUGAAAUGUACAUUUAAAUCUACCUAUCCUCUAUCUGAAGACAAAAUUACAGUAUCCUGGAGCUUCAGGCCAGUUGGACAGACAGCAGAAGAAUCGUUUUUUCAUUACCAGCAAAAAUCAUUUCCCCCAACCAGUGGCCUGUUUAAGGAUCAUGCUGUAUGGUCUGGUAAUGUAGUAAAGGGUGAUGGCUCCAUUACAUUGCAGAAUGUGCAGUUCACAUUUAACGGAACCUUCAGCUGUCAGGUCCGAAAUCCACCCGACAUCCAGGGCAUUGCAGGCGAAAUCAGUCUGAAAGUAGUCAGUAAAGUCACCAUCUCUGAGAUAGCAAUUCUGGCUAUAGCUGUGGGUGGGUCCAUUGGCAUUAUUCUACUCAUCCUUAUCAUCUAUGUCUUUGUGCGGUUAUUCAGAAGAAACAAGAAUGACAUGUCGUUUGAGAUGGAUGAACACAGAUCAAAAAAUCAAGUGUUGUAAGAGGAGAUGCCUGAAUGCUUUUAAUGAUUGUGUGCUAUCAGAGCUGUGUGUCUGGACAACAUGAAAUUAGAUUUUAAGAAAUACAUGCCCAAUAUUUUUUGAUAUCAAUUUAUAUGAAUGUUUUUAUACAAGUUCUAUUAUUUUUUAAAUGACUGUUUUACAUUGUCCAUUCAUUUUACAUUUACAGAGGCUCGUAAGCCUGUAUAAUUUUUCAACUGAAUUAAAGUUUUAGGGGUUUUAUAUGCUGAAUACGUAAUCAUUGUGAACAAUGUAAAUAUCAAAUUAAAGAUUUGUGUAUUUUUUAAGCAAUAUCAAAUGCUGUGAUGUGUUCCAUGUAAACCAUUAGUGUUCUGCCUGAUCCAUGCCAGUGGACUGUUACUGUGCAUAGCUAUGAGUAUUUUUUCUCCACUUUUUAUUCUGUUUUUUGUUUUGUAUUGCAUAUUUAAUUAUUUUUACACAUUGAGGAAAUUCAGAGAAAUUGACACAUGCUUUGAAAAACAGUUAAUUUGUCUGAAUUCUCCAUACUGGUAAAUAGGGCUGCACAAUAUAUAUAUAUAUACAGAAAUUAUUGAAAUAUCAGAAACAUGCAUAUAACAAUAUGCAUAUCAAAAUUGCUUGCAAUAACUAAAUAAUUUGAAUUGUCCUAAAGGUUAUAUAUAGUACUAUGCAAAAGUCUUAGGCUACCAUGCUACCAUUAGAUUUGUUGUUUUUGCAAUUGUAUAGUGAUCAUAUACAAUUAUUUCUCAGACUCUUUAUUAGAAUCCAGAAAUUACAGAAAAAAAAUGUAUGUAUGUAGUAUUAAAAACAGUAUAAAAGUAUAAGCUGAAGUGUCAAGUAUUUAGGGUAAACUCCUCUUCCACUUGAAAAAUAGCAGGCAGCUGCAGGAUCUCUUAAACCUAAAAAAAUUAAAUCCUAAUUUCUCAUUCUAAUUGAAUGACUUCAGGACUUCAGUCUCCUCAAAAAAGCUCAAGAUGUGUUUCGUGCCAAGAGAGGUCACACUAAAUACUGACUGAUGAUGCCUGAAGGAGUUGUACAUAUUUCCUGUAUUUUCUGUUUGUAUCUUAAUAAAAAGAGUGAAAAAUAAAUAAGGAUGGACAUAAAAUUUUGCUAAAACAACAAAGCUGGUGAUGGUGGCCUAAGACCUUUGCACAGUACUGUGUAUAUAUAGUCAUAGAAAACAGUCUGUCAAACAAGUGUUUGCCUGUGCUCUGAUGUGAAAAAUGUAUGUUUUUAAAAUGAUUUUCAGUAUUUUAAUAAGUUUACAUUUUAAUAAAUACAAACUUAUAACAUUAUCAUAUUGCAUUUAGUUUAUCUCAUCAUUUAGCAAGUUAUUGAAUUUCAAAUUUUCCCCAAUAUUGUGCAGCCCUACUUUUUUAUAAGCUUUUGUACAUGCUAUGUUUGUGUACAUGCAUUAGUGCAUUAGAUUUGAACUGUCUACUGUAAUCAAGAUGAUUAUCAUAAACUUUCACUGCAACUAGAAAUGCUUCUAAAUGACUAGAAAAAGUAUGAGAUCAUGCUGAUUUUGUAAAAAAAAAAAAAAAAACAUUCAUUGACCUGCUUAGAGACUUAUUUUGUGAUACUCAUGUAGCUCAUUGGCCCAAAACAACCUUUCCUUUUAGGAUGGUGUACUUGUGAAUCAUGCUGAACUAAUAAAAAUCGAAACUAA